AAUCAAUGUUUAAUUUGUACAGAAAAAAAAAAGAGUUUGAAUUCAAGAAUGGUCCCUGAGUUCAAUUUCCUGAAAACAAAUAAAUGCUGUUUUAUUUAUUUAUUUAAUUAAUUACUGCAUAAAUUGAAGAGUACAACAGAGACGUUGACUUUUGCCCAAACAAUGAGUUCUCUUCCUCUGAAAAUAGGUAUAAUUGGGUUCGGCCCUUUUGCCCAAUUCUUGGUGAAGACGAUGAUUAAACAAGGGCAUUCAAUUAGGGCAAAUUCGAGAUCAGAUUACACAGACCUCUGCAAUCAAUUGGGCAUCUCAUUUUUCAGUGAUACGACGGCGUUUAUUGAAUCCCAGAAUGAUGUAAUACUGCUCUGCACAUCAAUCCUUUCUCUGUCAAAAGUGAUCAAAUCACUGCCGUUGGAUUGCUUGAAACAGCCAACUCUGUUUGUUGAUGUGCUGUCGGUGAAAGAACACCCCAGAGACCUUAUGCUGCAAGUUUUGCCUCGUGAUUCGGAUGUUUUGUGCACGCAUCCGAUGUUCGGGCCGGAGAGCGGGAGAGACGGGUGGAAAGAUCUUAGUUUCAUGUACGAUAAAGUUCGAGUAACAAACGAAGCUACAUGCUCGAGUUUCUUGCAGAUUUUCGCAAGUGAGGGUUGCAAAAUGAUGGAGAUGACUUGUGAAGAGCACGACGAGUUAUCGGCCAGAAGUCAAUUCGUUACACACACCGUUGGCAGGGUUUUGGCCGAAAUGGAAAUCGAGUCGACACCCAUUGACACGAAAGGAUUUCAGAAGCUAGUUCAAGUGAAAGAGAGUGCGUCGAGAGAUAGCUUUGAUCUUUUUAGUGGCUUGUUUAUCCAUAACAGGUUCGCCAAACAACAGCUGAUGAACAUAGAACUUGCAUUUGAGACAAUUAAGCAACAGCUGGUUAAGAAGACAAACGAGGAGGAUUCCGAGCAGAGCUAAAUCACUUUCCUGGUGAUAACUGCAUUUGUUGUAUUUGUAAUUUAAACAUCGAUUCUUCGGAAUUUUUUAGCGAAAAGAUUCCCUAAUUUAUAUCAUUAAAUUCUGUCUGGAAGGAAGAAUAAGUAACAGGUAUAUUGAACUGCAUGCAAGUAUGUGCCAUUGUAAUGACAUAGGUGUGGUUCUGUUU